GUUGCCGAAGCUUCCACCGACCUUCGACAUAUCGCCGAGCUAGAAACUUGAGAUUGGACACUGAAGACGGCUUCAGUGAAUUGCCAAUUCCUCCUUCGAAUACGGCACUCGCACAUUCUGCUUUCAACGUUCAUUUGAUUGACGAUUCCACAACAUCACACGCCGCCAUCAUGUCUUCCACUCUGCUUCGGUCCGCCCCUGCCCUUCGCGGAGCCCUCCGAGCUUCCGGAGCCAUAAAGCCUGCCGCGAUGGGCAGCAUGAGCUUUGUCCGCGGCAAAGCUACGCUUCCUGACAUGCCUUACGACUACGGCGCCCUCGAGCCGUAUAUCUCGGGGAAGAUUAUGGAGUUGCACCACAAGAAGCAUCACCAGACCUACGUAAACGGCCUCAACAGCGCCCUGGAGACUAUCGAGGAAGCCAAGAGCAAGGGCGACUUCACCAAGGCGGCGUCCAUUGCGCCGCUGCUCAACUUCCACGGUGGUGGCCACAUAAACCACAGCCUCUUCUGGGAGAACCUGGCACCCGCCAGCAGGGAGGGCGGCGGUGAACCAGACGGAGCCCUCAAGAAAGCUAUCGACUCGGACUUCGGCUCCUUCGACACCUUCCGCAAGCAGAUGAACACUGCUCUGGCGGGUAUCCAGGGCAGUGGCUGGGCGUGGCUGGUCAAGGACAAGUCGGCUGGCACCCUUGGCCUGGUGACCCGUGCCAACCAGGACCCCGUGAGCGGCCCCUACGUGCCGCUGAUGGGCAUUGACGCGUGGGAGCAUGCCUACUACCUGCAGUACGAGAACCGCAAGGCCGAGUACUUCGAGGCCAUCUGGAACGUCAUCAACUGGAAGACCGUUGCUGCGCGGUUCGAGAAGGCCUAGGGCGCAAAGUUGAGAUCUCAAAAAAGUGGGAGUGGGAGUCCGAUCUGUGUGCUAUGUUAGCGUGAGCUUAGCCUGUGAAUUGGAUGUAUCUUGAGAGAGUUCCCAGGUGGGCAAAUGGGGUCUCACGAGAAUCGAAAUGAACCUACCUUACUCAUGGAUGUUCGCCAUGAAGGACUCAGGUCUGCUUUUUCCUCAGACGUGACCCUGCAGUCGUCUUAAUGCCCCAUGGUCGGGACAAGACACCCUCUACCUCUU